UUACAGCUGAGGCCCUGCAGCACUACGUGGAGGCCAAGAUGUUGGUCCUUUUCUUAGGUGUGGGGUGAUAAUAGAACAGGGAGAGAGUGAGGUCAGCCUGCAAGUCAUGGUCAUGUGUGGCCAAUGGGAAGUAGAGUAUUCUGUGAGGCUGUUUGAUCCUAGACCAAAUGGUGGUGAGGUGGCACCAUAUGUUUGCAGUCUUUUCAAAUGCAGGGCACUCUUACAGGCCCAUUUUGGGAAUCGCCACCAGAGACACCUCCUUCCUCGGCAGAGAAGGGACUUCAGUCUCGUUCUGCAUUUUUCCGAAUUGGACAGAUGAACAACGUGGAGCUGGAUGAUGAGCUCCUAGACCCGGAAGUGGACCCUCCUCACACCUUCCCCAAGGAGAUUCCACACAAUGAGAAGCUCCUGUCCCUCAAGUAUGAGAGCCUGGACUAUGACAAUAGCGAGAAUCAGCUCUUCUUGGAGGAGGAGAGAAGAAUCAACCACACGGCUUUCCGGACUGUGGAGAUCAAGCGCUGGGUUAUCUGUGCCCUCAUUGGAAUCCUCACAGGCCUAGUAGCCUGCUUCAUUGACAUUGUAGUUGAGAACCUAGCAGGCCUCAAGUACAGAGUCAUCAAGGACAACAUCGACAAGUUCACAGAGAAGGGCGGCCUGUCCUUCUCCCUCCUGCUGUGGGCCACACUGAAUUCUGCCUUUGUGCUCGUGGGAUCUGUGAUUGUGGCCUUCAUAGAGCCAGUUGCUGCUGGCAGCGGAAUCCCUCAGAUCAAGUGCUUCCUCAAUGGGGUGAAGAUCCCUCACGUGGUGCGGCUCAAGACGCUGGUGAUCAAGGUGUCCGGUGUGAUUCUGUCUGUUGUAGGGGGACUGGCUGUGGGAAAGGAAGGGCCAAUGAUCCACUCAGGUUCCGUGAUUGCUGCUGGGAUUUCACAGGGAAGGUCCACAUCACUCAAGCGAGAUUUUAAGAUCUUUGAAUAUUUCCGCAGAGACACAGAGAAGCGGGACUUUGUCUCAGCUGGAGCUGCCGCUGGAGUGUCUGCUGCAUUUGGAGCCCCUGUGGGUGGGGUCCUUUUCAGCCUGGAAGAGGGCGCCUCCUUCUGGAAUCAGUUCCUGACGUGGAGAAUUUUCUUUGCUUCCAUGAUUUCCACAUUUACACUGAAUUUUGUUCUGAGCAUCUACCAUGGGAACAUGUGGGACCUGUCCAGCCCUGGCCUCAUCAAUUUUGGAAGAUUCGACUCAGAGAAAAUGGCCUACACCAUCCAUGAGAUUCCUGUCUUCAUCGCCAUGGGCGUGGUGGGUGGCAUUCUUGGUGCUGUGUUCAACGCCUUGAAUUACUGGCUAACCAUGUUUCGAAUCAGGUACAUCCACCGGCCCUGCCUCCAAGUGAUUGAGGCCAUGCUGGUGGCUGCUGUCACAGCCACAGUUGCAUUCGUCUUGAUUUAUUCGUCUCGAGAUUGCCAACCCUUGCAGGGGAACUCCAUGUCCUACCCGCUCCAGCUCUUCUGUGCAGAUGGCGAGUACAACUCCAUGGCUGCAGCCUUCUUCAACACCCCAGAGAAGAGCGUGGUCAGCCUGUUCCAUGACCCACCAGGCUCCUACAAUCCCAUGACUCUAGGCCUGUUCACCCUGGUCUACUUCUUCCUGGCCUGCUGGACCUAUGGCCUCACAGUGUCUGCUGGUGUCUUCAUCCCAUCCCUGCUCAUCGGGGCUGCCUGGGGCCGACUCUUUGGCAUCUCCCUGUCCUACCUCACAGGGGCAGCGAUCUGGGCAGACCCGGGUAAAUAUGCCUUGAUGGGAGCUGCUGCUCAGCUUGGUGGGAUCGUGAGAAUGACCCUUAGCCUGACAGUCAUCAUGAUGGAGGCCACCAGCAAUGUGACCUACGGCUUUCCCAUCAUGCUGGUGCUGAUGACUGCCAAGAUUGUGGGUGAUGUCUUCAUUGAGGGCCUCUAUGACAUGCAUAUCCAGCUGCAGAGUGUGCCCUUCUUGCACUGGGAGGCCCCGGUCACCUCACACUCGCUCACUGCCAGGGAAGUAAUGAGCACACCUGUGACCUGCCUGAGGAGAAGAGAGAAGGUUGGCGUCAUCGUGGAUGUCCUAAGUGACACAGCAUCCAAUCACAAUGGGUUCCCUGUGGUGGAGGAUGUGGGAGACACCCAGCCAGCCAGGCUCCAAGGCUUGAUCCUGCGCUCCCAGCUCAUCGUGCUCCUGAAGCACAAGGUGUUUGUGGAGAGGUCCAACAUGGGUCUGGUGCAGCGGCGGCUGAGGCUGAAGGACUUCCGCGAUGCCUACCCACGCUUCCCUCCAAUCCAGUCCAUCCAUGUAUCCCAGGAUGAGCGCGAGUGCACCAUGGACCUUUCUGAAUUCAUGAACCCCUCUCCCUACACUGUGCCUCAGGAGGCAUCUCUUCCUCGAGUGUUCAAGCUAUUCCGGGCUCUGGGCCUGAGGCACCUGGUGGUAGUAGACAACCACAAUCAGGUGGUCGGGCUGGUGACCAGGAAAGACCUAGCCAGAUAUCGACUAGGGAAGGGAGGCCUUGAAGAACUUUCGCUGGCCCAGACGUGAGAGUUGGCUCCACCCUUGUGCAGUGGCACCCCAGCCCCUCUGCACCUCCUCCCAGGGUCCCUGGUCUCAGCCAAAGCCUUGCCCCCUGGGCAAUGCAGCAGCAGGAGCAGAUGCCUUCCCUGGGCCUGGCUGGUAGGGGGGCCAGACCCUUUGUCCUGGGCAGUUGGUUUACAUCAUCAGCACUUUCCCUGUUCCCUGACCCCUCUACCCCUCGGAUUUGCCCCCCUCCUGAGUUCCUUCUUCAAGGAUGAAAUGUGUGCAAUUGUGCCCUUUGUGGCUCACUUUUGAGAGCCAAUAGAGACUGGUGUAUGUGAGGGACAUAGACAGACAAAUAAGCAGGCUAGCCGAUGGGUAGGCAGGCGUGAGCUACUUAUUGCUAUUUCUGCUCUGCCUCUGAGUACUUACCUGUGUCUGUACUGCCCACACCAGCCAAGAGCUUUAGCAGCCAGGACAUGAGGAGCUGUGUAGCCUGGAGCAAGCUCUAUCAGGGAACCCACAUGUGUCAUACCAUGUUAUUGUCCAAAGCUGGGAGUCUGGUUCUGUGCCUGGGGCUUGAGAUCUGAAAAUCACAUGAAGACUGAAUCUGAGUUCCCCUGUAUCUGCCCCAGGCUUUCUGAGCCGGGGGUCAUGGCACUGUGGAGCACAGCCAGAAAGCAGGUCUUCCUGAAGCACUUCAGUCCCUGGUGUCCAUAGUGGCUUUGCUUAUACCUGUGCUGUGUACACCCUUGGGCAGUGGCCUCCCAGGACCUGGCCAUCCCAGUGGCCCUAGGAUGGAUGGACCUAUGAGCACCAGAGCCAAGGAGCCUCACUUCUAAACCCUGUAUUGUCAAGGCUGGCUCUACUGGACCAAGCUGGACCUGACAUCCCUCAGUCACCUUCAGAGUCUUCCCCCCGGGACACUUUGUAAAGAUAGUUGCCAUGUCUCUGGCACGUAUCUGUUACAAGGCCACACAGUCCUUCUGGCAGCAGCUGCCUUUCAGUUGUCAUCCCUUGUCUUACAUGAGGAGAUGGGCCAGGUGUGUUGUUGAGUUCUCUGCCUCGGGCUCAGCAUCCAGGGGAGUCAGACACUCCACAUGGUGGUAGCAAGUACAGAUGGC